AUUUUGAUCUUGGCACCUACAAGAGAAAUUGCUGUACAGAUACAUUCCGUUAUCACGGCCAUUGGAAUAAAAAUGGAAGGCUUGGAGUGUCAUGUCUUUAUUGGAGGGACUCCUUUACCUCAAGACAAAACCAGACUUAAAAAAUGUCAUAUUGCCGUUGGAUCUCCUGGCAGAAUUAAACAACUGAUAGAACUUGACUACUUGAACCCAGGCAGUGUACGUCUCUUUAUUCUGGAUGAAGCGGAUAAGCUUUUAGAAGAAGGCAGCUUCCAGGAGCAAAUAAAUUGGAUUUAUUCUUCCUUGCCGGCCAGUAAGCAGAUGGUGGCAGUGUCAGCGACUUACCCAGAAUGUUUGGCUAACGCUUUGGCCAAGUACAUGAGAGACCCCACUUUUGUAAGACUCAGUUCCACUGACCCAAGUCUCCUCGGUUUGAAGCAGUAUUACAAAGUUGUCAAUUUGUACCCUUUGGCCCAUAAGAUUUUUGAAGAAAAGGCUCAGCAUUUACAGGAACUGUUCAGCAGAAUUCCGUUUAAUCAAGCCUUAGUCUUUUCUAAUUUACACAGCAGAGCACAGCAUUUGGCUGAUAUCCUUACUUCUAAAGGCUUUCCCGCGGAGUGCAUUUCGGGCAACAUGAAUCAGAAUCAGCGUCUCGAUGCUAUGGCUAAACUGAAGCAGUUUCAUUGCAGAGUCCUCAUCUCCACAGAUCUGACUUCCCGUGGGAUUGAUGCCGAGAAGGUGAAUCUGGUUGUAAAUCUGGACGUGCCACUGGACUGGGAGACAUACAUGCAUCGGAUUGGCAGGGCUGGCCGUUUUGGUACUUUGGGAUUGGCAGUGACCUACUGUUGCCGGGGAGAAGAAGAAAAUACGAUGAUGAAAAUUGCCCAGAAAUGUAAUAUCAACCUUCUGCCUUUACCAGAUCCCAUUCCUCCUGGUCUGAUGGAAGAAUGUUUGGAUUGGGAUGUGGAGGUUAAAGCUGCUGUGCAUACAAAUGGCUUAGCAAGUAUACCCAGCCAGCCCCUAAGAAAGCAAAUGCAGAAAAUAGAGAGAACCUCUCAAACUCAGAAAGCUCAUGGUAACCACAUGGCUUCUUGUAGAAAUACUUCUGUAUCUACACUGUCAGUCAAAUCCAAAAACACCACCAAACAGAAGCUCCCUGUGAAAAGCCACUCGGAGUGUGGAAUCCUUGAAAAAGCAGAAUCGCCCAAAGCAUCGGGCCGGGCCGUGCAGUCGGAGGAGCAAGAGCAGCAUUCUGCUGAGACCCCUGCAGAAAGCGCCCACAGUCAGCACCAGGCCAGAGCAGACUCCCCUGUGUUGCUCCCCCAGAUUCCUUGUCUGUCUUCCUUUAAAACCCAUCCGCCGUGCGCUUUGACUUUUGCAGAAUUGUCGGAGGAUUAUGAGCACUAUAUCAAGGAGGGGCUGGAGAAGCCUGUGGAGAUCAUCAGGCACUACACGGGUCCUGGGGAUCGGGCUGGGAACCCGCACAAUGGUUUUGUGAGGAAUGGAAUUGCUGAAGAGAGAGUGCGGGUGUUGGCAAGUAGUAGUCAGUCUGGAGACUCUGAGAGCGACAGUGAUUCUUUCAGCUCAAGGACUUCGUCCCAGAGCAAAGGAAAUAAGUCACAUGUGGAAGGCUCUUCUGACAUUCAGCUGAAGGACUUGGCAUCGACCCCUGUGGCUGGCCAUACCUCUUUGGAACAACCUCUGAAUGGAAAUGACACCCCGAAUCUGGUAGAGUGUCAGGAAUCACCUGAAACCCAAACAAAGGCAAGGCAUAAAGAGGGGGCUAGCCAGAGCGCUAAGCAGAGCCGCAGGAACCCUCGGCGCUCCUGUCGGCCGCAGACAGAGCCCCAGGAAAAUGAGUGGUCUGACCGCCAGAGGGACGCCCAGGCGGGUCUUUCGGGUACCUACCAGGACUACGAGGAGUACUGGAGAGCUUACUACAGGGCCUGGCACGAGUACUAUUCUGCUGCUUCGCAGUCCUACUACUGGAAUGCUCAGAGGCAUCCAGGGUGGAUGGCGGCCUAUCACAUGAAUACCAUUUACUUACAAGAAAUGAUGCGAGGCAGCCAGUGAUGACGGCCAUACCUCAGACCACCCGAAGCAUCAACAAGUGAUACCUUUGAGUAGCCAUCCUCUGUGACCUAUUGUAGAGUGGCCUAUAGUGGCAUUUUUGAGGAGCUUGAAAAGUCUUAAGUCUUCUGGGAUACCUUCAUUUUUCAGAUUGUUUGACCUACUAGGUAUAUUAUCUUAUUUUAAGAAAUUUAAUGGGCCGUAUUCUUGAAAUAUUUGGGGACAAAGAGCUAAAAGGUCCCAGGUGCCAUUUUCUAUAAGCCAUUCCAAAAAGAAACAUUUGAAAAGACUGCUAUACCACUGCUUACUUAAGAAAAUAAAAAGUUGAGGUUUGAAAACGGUCAGUUUAUGCUGCGGAGUUCUUUACAAAAGGCUUGGGCUGCACUUCCAUAGAGGUAUGUACGUUCUUAUAGAAAUUUGUAAGUGAUAGGUCAGAAAAUCCCCUUUCUUUUAGGUUUAGGCAGGAAGGAGUAAACAUUGCUUCCGACUUUCCCAAUAGUACUUGAUUUGAUGCUCUUUGCUUCCAGUAAACUUAUUUGUGACAGUAAAAAUACAAACUUAGCCGACUU